AUGGAUGUGGAACCCUUUGAUUUCUAUAUCGUGACCGAUUUCUUCGAUGGAAAGUUCCGACCUAUAGGCUAUUUCAGCAGGCAGAGGCAGUUCUUCAAUCAUAAUCUUUCAUGCUUUUGUGUGUUUCCUUGUUAUCAAGGGAAAGGAUACGGUACUUUCAUCGUGGAUUUCAGUUACCUACUGUCCCGUUUGGGUGGACUACCAGGAGGACCCGAGCGACCGUUUUCGGUUCGAGGUGGUCAAGUUUACAAGAAGUAUUGGUGCGAUAAGCUACUUCACCUCAUUUACACCAAAGUACAGCUGUUCGGCUGGGAGAAUAUGCGCUUGGAUAUUGGAGACCUUGCAAGGGAGACUGGAAUCCAAGAAGCAGAAGUGUUAGAAGCCAUGACUGGACUGUGCAACUCCGAGUGGUCGAGGAAUAACAGAUCGCUUCUCCUGAAAAUUGAUGAGGAAGCUGUGAUGGAAAUUGGAAAGUACAUAGCUCAGAAGAAUAGAUCCAGGUUCUUAGCCAAAGAAGUGUACCUGGAUCCAUCAUUCAAGGUAGGUAGAAAUUAG